AUUUUCUGGAAAUAAUAGGUUUGUGGGUUGUUCUUCCUGGUCGUCGGCGAGCGGGAUUGGAGUAGCAAGUGCGGUCUCAUGGUGAAGGGAGUCAGUCAGUUAUUCUCAGUUUGUUCAGCGGGAGUCUUUUCGUGCACAUUAAAAAUAGAAUAUAUUCCACACGACAAGAUUAAAAGAUAUCGAGCAUUUUGAUGACUCCGCGCCCCCUGAAAACAUUUUUUCAUUCAUCCAUGUCGUGUGAUAACAAAUCGAUUAUUCACCAUAGUGCUAAGUGACGGUAAUUACAGUUCUGUGCGCGAUUUAGUUCAUGCAAGAGAAUCCAUCAGGGACACUGAGAAUUUUUUUCAUCCAUCUGCAGGAGUGUUGGAUGGGAAAUGCCAUUGCGUCUGCUUUCCUUAAUUUCCCCGCACGCGUUCUCGUGCUAUUUUUAGUGCCGUUCUGAGUUCUGUGUUCUCCACAGUUCAUCGUGAGUGUUUUUAAAAAAAAGUGUUUUUAUUGCCGAAAAGAAAACCCCAUUGAUGAGAAAAUUUUCUGUUGGACCACAAGAGUGUUUGGCUUUCCGCUAAGACGAAGUGCGUGUGAAAAAAAAGAAGACGAUUUUUUGAGUGCUUUGAAUUGCUUUGUAUACGGUUAAUCAGCGGCAGAUGGUACCAAUUUUCCUAAAACUCCAUAAUGGCACAAGGAGUAGUUGCUCGUGUAUUUCGAUGCUUCUGUGAUUGCUCUGAGCUCACAGAGCAGGAGAUUCAGGACAUUGUGAUGGGACACACAGAUCUCGUGUUCAAAGACUUCAAAGUGAAGCAGCUAUUUCGGGCCUAUAUGGCUAAAUUUCAUCCCUCACCAUCCUCUGGAACCUACAAAAGGGGCCCCAUGUGUCUCAAAUACAUUAAUUGCUACGAAAUGAGCCAGGAAUUGCUGGCGUUGCCUCCCGAGGAGAGAGAGAACUACGAUAGAUCAGAUGAGCUUUAUGAAAACUGCCCUGACUAUCACUGGGAGAAGCUUCUUAAAAAAUCAAUCAGAAAUAGACGACACCCAAUUGAACCUGAAGAAAUUCUCAAUCAAUUUAUGUUGGAGAUGAUUACAAGAUUUGAAGACGAUUACCACGAUUAUUAUGGUCGCUUCAAGGAAAAGCUACUGGAAAAACUCAAGCAGAACUCGUGAUUCCUCGCGUCCGUGAUAAAGAAUAAAAAGAAUCUUAACAGAAAAUGAUGCUUUUAGAGACACUCAGAUACUUCAUGUUAUGCCUUAAAAAGAUUUUAUGAUAAUAAUAUAGAUUUAAAGAAUUUCA